ACAGGAGCUCCUCCCAGCGGUACAGAACAGGAAGAUGCUGACGUCAGUUGGAGCUGAUCUGUGUGUAGUUAGUGUUACAAUAUUACUAUGUGUGUUAUAAUACUAGAGCGAUGUUGAACAUCAUUGGGCAGAGAGAGAAGAGGGGAGGAAAAGGCUGUUUACACAGACUGCAAACCGCCUGGGGAAUAAUGCAGGAAAGGAAGUGAGCCGGCUCUCUGUCUGACUGCUCCAACUUCCUGCGAAAUCAGGAUCUCAUUACAGAGAAACAGAACAGUUCAGACGACAGUAAGAAUGGAGAACAAGGGGUUUUUACAACUUUCUUUUUAAGUGUUAUCGAAGAGACAUACAUCUCAGGUCCGGUUAUGGAGAGUGCUAUCACACUUUGGCAGUUCUUGCUUCAGUUGCUUUUGGACCAGAAACACGAGCACCUCAUCUGCUGGACGUCCAACGACGGGGAAUUCAAACUCCUAAAGGCAGAGGAGGUGGCCAAACUGUGGGGACUUCGCAAAAACAAGACCAACAUGAACUACGACAAACUUAGCAGGGCGCUCCGUUACUACUAUGAUAAGAACAUUAUCAAAAAGGUGAUCGGACAAAAGUUUGUAUACAAGUUUGUCUCGUUCCCUGAAAUCUUAAAAAUGGACCCCCACACAGUGGAGCUGGGCAGAGAGAGCAUGCUGUUACAGGACAGUGAUUCUCUGAGUCUGGAGACCAAAGAGCAGCAAACCCUGUCUGCCUUGAGAAACAACGGCCGCAACGACUAUAUCCACUCAGGUCUCUACUCCUCCUUCACGAUCAACUCACUACAGAACCAGGCAGAGGUUUUCAAAUCAAUAAAAAUGGAGAAGCAAGACGAGAAAUCGGAUGAAAAACUGCAGGGGGAUGAGACGCGGACUGUAAUCCGCUUUGUAACAAACAAAACAGAGAAGCUGGUGACGUUGCCGGUAGUUUCCAUGCCAUCCUCUCCUUCUAUGUCAGCUGAGGCCGUGGCUUCUGCGGCUUUCUUGACAUCCUCUGCCUCUGCCAAAGCUUCCCCAACUUUGAUGUCGGCUCACGCCACAAACUUCUCCUCUCCCUCCCCCUCCCCCUCCCCCUCCCCCAGUUCUUCUUUCCUGUCAGGAAACAGGAGCCCGAACCCAGAGGCAGAUGACUUGGAACUUUCUUCCCAGCCUCUGAACCUUUCUGCCAGUCACAAGGCCAGGUCCCCUCAACUGUUUGAGAAGAGGAAUAGCAACGGUCUUCCUCCAAAGGCCAAGAAACCCAAAGGCCUGGAGAUCUCAGCCUCCUCUUUACUAUUCUCAGGCACUGAUAUCGGCUCAAUUGCCCUCAACAGCCCCGCACUUCCCUCAGGGUCUCUGACACCAGCCUUUUUCACUGCACAGACACCUACAGGGUUGUUGUUAACCCCCAACCCAUUAUUAUCCAGUAUUCACUUCUGGAGCAGCUUAAGCCCUGUGGCUCCUUUAAGUCCUGCCAGGCUCCAAGGAACAAGCUCUUUAUUUCAGUUCCCUUCCUUGUUAAACAGUCACUUACCAAUGCCAAUUCCUGCGAUGGAUGGGUCUUCUUCACCAAUGCUGCUUUCUUCUAAUGGUCAGAAAUCCUAACUUUGCCUGAGUGAAUGCCUUAACCGAAGACAGUGUUCUUUUUUGUGAAAUGCAAAUCACGUUUGGUUUUGCACAUUUACACAUAGACAGAUACUGAUUUUUUUUUUUUUUUUGUAAACACUUGUUACAUUUGUAUAAGGAUAUUGUUAAAUCUUUUUGAUAAACACCUUACUGUUUUAAGUGUUAAACAUUAGGGAAUGGUGUUCCUUCUUGUAUUGUGUUUGUUAAGGUUUCCAUUGGCGGCUGUGAAUCGAUGUUGCUUGUCCUUUUUUAAUUUUUUAUUGUAUGCACUGUGCUUAUUACCGGCUGUGCCUUCCCAUGUAUACAAUUAAAUAUAUCAUGUAAAUGUAUUCUUUUUCAGCUUUAAGAAACAAUUACAAAGACGAGAUUCCAGUACAGUAUAAAAGCUCUAUAAUGGCUAUCAAUUACUAUUUUCAUAAAGGAAUUGAUGAAAUGUAUUCUCAUAUUAAUUUUAUAUUUUGUGCUUUAACAGUGUAGAAAAUAUGCCUUAUAUAUUUGUUGUAUAAAUAAAAAUGUAGUAUGCAAUGUUACAUUAAAAAUAAAGAGUUGGCCUUUUUUUUAUAACCAUGUUUGUGUGAUGCACUAAUCGUACACAAAUUCUCAAUAAAUCAUAUAAAGUGCUUACUGAAAUCAGAUCCGUCAGUGCAACUGCUUUAUAAAACAAGGUUGAAGUUAUGUGUGUACAUGUUAAGGUACUUGCGUUAACUAAGGAGGCUGUGUGGUCCAGUGGUUAAAGAAAAGAGCUUGUAACCAGGAGGUCCUCGGUUCAAAUCCCACCUCAGCCACUGACUCAUUGUGUGACCCUGAGCAAGUCACUUAACCUCCUUGUGCUCCGUCUUUCGGGUGAGACGUAGUUGUAAGUGACUCAGCAGCUGAUGCAUAGUUCACACAUCCUAGUCUCUGUAAGUCGCCUUGGAUAAAGGCGUCUGCUAAAUAAACAAAUAACAACUUGGGUUGACUAACUUGCACAGAUGGCAAAGAAAAUGACACUAUAAUUGUCUAAUGUUGUUUUGAAAGCUAUUUUUGUGCAUAUGUAAAACUUGUACUAGGAUUUACUUCAGUCUUUAUAUGGAACAAAUACACAAGCUAUUAAAAAGAGUUGUUAAUA